UCUCUCUCUCCAUCUAUAAUCUUUUUUUUUCUUCUCUCUCGCCGGAAAAUAAAUCAAGAUGAUCACCGGCAAAGAUAUGUACGACGUACUAGCGGCCAUGGUGCCGCUGUACGUAGCUAUGAUGCUAGCUUAUGGUUCGGUACGGUGGUGGGGCAUAUUCACUCCGGACCAAUGUUCCGGUAUAAACCGGUUCGUUGCGGUUUUCGCGGUUCCUCUUCUCUCUUUCCAUUUCAUCUCCUCCAAUGAUCCUUAUGCCAUGAACUACCACUUCCUCGCCGCUGAUUCUCUUCAGAAAGUCGUUAUACUCGCCGCACUCUUUCUUUGGCAGGCUUUUAGCCGCAGAGGAAGCCUAGAAUGGAUGAUAACGCUCUUCUCACUAUCAACACUACCGAACACGUUGGUUAUGGGAAUCCCAUUGCUUCGGGCGAUGUACGGUGACUUCUCCGGUAACCUAAUGGUGCAGAUCGUGGUGCUUCAGAGCAUCAUAUGGUAUACUUUAAUGCUCUUCUUGUUUGAGUUCCGUGGCGCUAAGCUUCUCAUCUCCGAGCAGUUCCCGGAGACGGCUGGUUCAAUUACUUCCUUCCGAGUUGAUUCUGAUGUUAUCUCUCUCAAUGGCCGUGAACCCCUCCAGACCGAUGCGGAGAUAGGUGACGACGGAAAGCUCCACGUGGUGGUCCGAAGAUCGAGCGCCGCCUCAUCAAUGAUCUCAUCGUUCAACAAAUCUCACGGUGGAGGCCUUAACUCCUCCAUGAUAACUCCCCGAGCUUCGAAUCUCACAGGCGUGGAGAUUUACUCUGUCCAGUCGUCACGAGAGCCGACGCCGAGAGCUUCGAGCUUUAAUCAGACAGAUUUCUACGCAAUGUUUAACGCAAGCAAAGCUCCGAGCCCUCGUCACGGUUACACCAAUAGCUACGGCGGUGCUGGAGCUGGUCCUGGUGGAGAUGUUUACUCUCUCCAGUCUUCUAAAGGAGUGACGCCAAGAACGUCAAAUUUCGAUGAGGAAGUUAUGAAGACGGCAAAGAAAGGAGGAAGAGGAGGGAGAAGUAUGAGUGGCGAAUUAUACAACAAUAAUAGUGUUCCGUCGUACCCUCCACCGAACCCGAUGUUCACGGGGUCAACGAGCGGAGCAAGUGGAGUGAAGAAAAAGGAAAGUGGUGGAGGAGGAAGCGGUGGAGGCGGAGCUGGUACUGGAGGAGGACAAAACAAGGAGAUGAACAUGUUUGUGUGGAGUUCGAGUGCUUCUCCAGUGUCAGAAGCCAACGCCAGGAACGCUAUGACCAGAGGUGCCUCCACCGAUUUAUCUACCGAUCCUAAAGCUUCUCUUCCUCCUCCUCACGACAACCUUGCUUCCAAAGCGAUGCAGAAUCUGAUAGAGAACAUGACACCGGGAAGAAAAGGGCAUGCGGAGAUGGACCAAGACGGUAACAACGAAGGGAAGUCAGGGGUAACCUCGUCACCUUACAUGGGCAAAAAAGGCAGUGAUGUUGAAGACGGUGGUCCUGGUCCGAGGAAACAGCAGAUGCCGCCUGCGAGCGUGAUGACCAGACUAAUACUGAUUAUGGUCUGGAGGAAACUUAUCCGAAACCCUAACACUUACUCUAGUCUCUUUGGCCUUGCUUGGUCCCUUGUCUCCUACAAGUGGAAUAUAAAGAUGCCAACGAUAAUGAGUGGAUCGAUUUCAAUAUUAUCUGAUGCAGGUCUUGGAAUGGCUAUGUUUAGUCUUGGUCUAUUUAUGGCGUUGCAACCAAAGAUUAUUGCAUGCGGGAAAUCAGUAGCAGUGUUUGCGAUGGCAGUAAGGUUCUUGACGGGACCGGCCGUGAUCGCAGCCACCUCAAUCGCAAUUGGUAUUCGAGGCGAUCUUCUCCAUAUCGCCAUCGUUCAGGCUGCUCUUCCUCAAGGAAUCGUUCCUUUUGUUUUCGCCAAGGAAUAUAACGUCCAUCCUGAUAUUCUCAGUACUGCGGUUAUAUUCGGGAUGCUGGUUGCCUUGCCUGUGACAGUACUCUACUACGUUCUUUUGGGGCUUUAAGUUAUAAUCAAAGCGUAUUACCAAAUCAAAGGGCGAUACGACCAAAGGUGAAUCUUUCAUUUUUUUUCAAAAAAAAGAGAAAGAAAGAAGAAUUACAAAGAACGAAGAAAAAAAAGACUAAUUUCCAGGUAAGGCUUAGGUGGAUGGACCAGCAAUGUUGCAUUAAUUAAAAUUAUAGCAUAUGAUAUGAUAGUCGGAAAUUUUUAGAUAACUUUGUAUAAUUUAUAUGCACAUGCAUGUACGUGUUACUCUUUGUAAUUUUCGUUAACAUUUAUUAAAUUUUUGGGAUAGGCGCGUACAAUUA